UUGUUUCAUUGGGAGAUUGCAAUAAUCCCUUGCAAGUGGCAGAACGGCCCUGAUAUGAUAUCCCCUUCCUUUGGUGCAGCCAGCAGCGUUGAAACUGGGAACUAGGAAUACAACAUACAACCCUCUCCUCAUCACACCCCUCCAUUUUUCAUUUCAUCACAUCUCAACACAACACAAACCUACGAGGUGCUUUCUUGUUCCUUCUUCCUCACUUUCACUUUCUUCUUUCCUCUAAACCCUCUCUCUCUCACUAGAUCGAACCCAAAGGCUCGCACCCAUGACAACACAAUCAUCCAAUCCUAAGCCAACCGUUUCUUACCGCUAAGGUCUUCCAUCUUCUCCUCAAUUUUGCUUCCUAGAAUCUUCUUCUAAUUAUACUUGUCAAAAUAAUUAUCUGUCUUUUUUUCCCCCUAAAUUCGUGUUUGCCAAACCCUAAUCCGCAACACUUCAACCUAGCUUCCCUUCAUUUCAAGCUGAAUUUCAGUAAUUUAUCAUGGGUUCUUUCCACAAUUGUGGUCAACCCUGUUUGUUGGAUCUGGGGUUGUUCGUGUUUGCGGCAAAUUUAGGGUUUAUUCCCAAUUUCGUCUCAAAUUUUGGGGCUUUUCAUUUCUGAUUGUUCAAUUUCGUUACCAAACUCACCCUCGAACAUGGGUUUCUUCGAUUUGUGUUAAUUUUGUGGAAAGAUUCUCGGUUUCUUUUUUUUUUUUUUCUUUUUUUUUUGUUUUUCAUUUCUUGCAAUUGAAAAUUGUAAGAAAUAAAGCUUCUUUCUAACUUGGUGGUUGGAGCUGCGAUGGAGGACGAGACCUCCGAUGCAAUGAACCUUGAUUUGAAUCUGGGCCCAGGCCCAGAGCCCGAAAGUGGGCCCAUAAGCAAUGAAGGUGUGAACUUGGACGAUUGGAUAGGAGAGCCUCUUCAGAGAAUUAGCGAGGCUGUGAGGUAUAGGGCAAGGCAAAGAUGGCGAUGGCGGCAUCUACCUCAUCCUCCAGAGCUUCAUUUGCCAGAUUUUCGUUUGCCACCUGAGGCUCAAAAUAUCUCGGUGGAAUUGAACCAGUUUUUGGCCAAUUCUGGUCAUGGAAGCGCCUUGCAGGCUGGGGAAGGCAGCGUGGCGGCCGAGGAGAGAAUGGAGGAGGCUCCGAAGGCGUGUGAGAAUGUGAAUGGCGUGGCGGAGAACGAGGGUUCACAGAAGAAGGAUGAUGUUGAAAAGGGUGGUGGCAAUGAUGGAGACUUUUUUGAUUGUAAUAUCUGUUUGGACCUGUCUAGGGAACCUGUUGUGACUUGUUGUGGUCAUUUGUUUUGUUGGCCGUGCCUGUAUCGAUGGCUGCAUCUGCAUUCGGAUGCCAAGGAGUGUCCAGUUUGCAAGGGAGAGGUCACUGUUAAGAGUGUUACCCCAAUAUAUGGCCGUGGGAACAAUGUCCGUGGUCCUGAGGAGGAUUCUGCUAUUAAGAUCCCUCCUAGGCCCCAAGCAAGGAGGGUUGAGAGUCUGAGGCAAACCCUUCAGAGAAAUGCAUUUGCACUCCCUGUGGAAGAGAUGAUUCGGCGUCUCGGAAGCAGAAUCGAUCUUACUCGCGAUUUGGUUCAGCCAAAUGAACAAGAUGCAGCCCGAGAAACGGCGGAGAGAACCACUUCCUUGCUGAGUAGGUUCUUGACCGCACGAGGGAUGAGGAGAGAGCAGCAGAAUAUAGGGACACCCCCGGGGGAUGUAAUGGGUUUGGCCCAGAACAAUGUUAAUGCUGCUGAUGCAGGGGAUAACCGUAGCAGGGUGCAAUCCCAUUUGCUUCGAAGAACACAAUCACACAGAGCAACGCUUUCAACUCUUUCUUCGGCACUCACUUCUGCUGAAAGGUUGGUUGAGGCGUAUUUCCGGAGCAAUCCAUUAGGUAGGAACCAAGAACAGGCUCCUCCUGUUGAUGACAGAGAUUCCUUUUCCAGCAUUGGUGCUGUUAUAAAUUCAGAGAGUCAAGUGGACACUGCUGUAGAAAUUGAUUCCAUGGUUUCCUUGUCAACAUCCUCUUCUAGGAGGAGGAAUGAUGCUUCAAGGGUGUCUGAUGUCGAUAGUGGAGAUUCUCGUGCUCCAAGGCGCAGGCGUUUGAACUGAUAAACACUCAUCUAGAUCUUCAACUUAUUACUAUUCUAUCAUGUAUCUCAUAUGAAAAUAAUUUUCCAACACCUAUGUAAGUGCUUCUUGCUUUCAUGUUAUCUUAUAUUUAUGAAGUUUUCACCGUUUACAAGUUUUGGUA